AUGUCUGUGAGCUAAAUAGAAAUCAUUUAACCAGACAAUAGCAAGGCUAAUUUCAUUCUUUUUCCAAAGCGCUUGAGUCUAACAAAAGACAACGAGUCUGCAUCAAAGCGUCGUAUAAGUGGUUCGGUCAGUAAUUACAAUAAGAUAUUCGAAAAAAUUCAAUCUAUUUAAAUGUUGAAGGAUAAAUCAGCUUUAGGAGUAUAACAAUAGCCUUAGUCAUCAGCUAAUCCAGUUCAUUUAUAGAGAGAUUGUAUUAACAGCACUGUGUAGGAAAAUUUAAAAAAUAAUUAUCAUUCAGAUCCUUAUCCUCACUAAAAAUAGAAUAUUUAGAUUUUCAAUUCAUCUUUCUUAUAAUAAAAUAAUCAGUAACCAAUUUAUGCCAAAUAAACAGGUAGCUUGCUUCCUGCCGUUUUAAAUUUGCAGCAAUAAUAAAAGGAGUCAUUUGCUAAAAAGAGAUCAAUUUCUAGUCAAUCUUUUGGAGCUAAGGAUUAUGGAUAAAAUUCAACUCCGUCUACUGCAUCAUCUUAAAAUAAUGACAGUUCAGGGAUGUCAUAUAAUACUCUUCUUAGAUCAUCUAUAAAUUUUAAUAAUCAAAAUAGUAUUCAUUCAAAUAAUGCAAAUAAAAGUGUUAAUAUCAAUAGCAGCCAGAAAUUAAUAAACUGUUAAUAAUAACAUUACUUCUCUGAUAAACAAACAAAGUAGUCACACAUAAAUCAAAAAAGUGUUCACUUUCGUAAUAACACUUCUAAUUAGUAUUUAAACACAGAUAAAUAGUUAUAAUUUGAAAACGUAUGUUCUAAGAAUCAAUAGCAAACUUUUAACCAAAUAGCUGCACCUCAUUGUAUUAAUAUUUAAAAAUCUAAAUUUACUAAUAGUCAAAAUACAAAAAAUUUGACAAGCACACCAGAUAUUCAAAAAUUAAGAAAUUCUGAUACAUUUAGUAAUAGCGUAGCUGCUUUCAAUCCAUCAUACUCUCAGUAACCACUAAUAAAAGAACGUCGUAUAAUAAGAGUAAAUUCUAUUUUAAAGAAGAAAGUGGUUGAUUAAGAUCAAUUUUAUCAGCAUGAUUAAUAAUUUGAAACCAAUAAUUUGGCAACAAGCGAAAGUUUUGAAGAAAACAACAGUUCUUAAGUAAUUGCUAAGAAUUUCGAAAGUGCUCCUCCAUUUAUUAAUGAUUUAGACAUAACUGAAACAAGUAGCAGCCAAGAAAACAAAAAUUCUCUCUGUGAAAACAUAUAAUAAUACUAAAAAAAAGCAUAUUAAAUCGUUCGUAAAAGAUGCAAUAGUGCUUCUCCAAAGAAAUGCGUCAAAUUUGAUGAAAACGUUUUAGUUUGCAACAUGCACACUUCGACAAAAACACAAUACAAACUAUCCUAAAAGGAAAUGAAGUAGGAACUAAUAUAAUAGUGUUCGCAAUUUCGUAAAGACCUUCGUCUUUUGAGAAUGCAAUACCAAAAUCAAUAACAACAAUAGCAAAAAAUAAAACAUGAACAGCUAAUGUAUUAACUCAAUGAACUGAUGACUCUAUCUCAGUAAAACCAAAAUAGCGACAUAAAUUUAUAAAAGUUUGGACCAACUCUACCCAUAAAGCAAUACACAAAAUUCAAAGUGCUUUCUAAAUUAGAUAAAAACCAAGAAUAAGAAAAAUACUUGCAAAAAAUAGAGCAAAUAGACAAACAAUAUAAGCAAAAUCUAGCCUUAAAAUUACAAACCACUUACUCUAUAAAAUAUUUCAAUUAAAUGUAAUAAAAUUUAUAACAAUAACAACCACAAUAAUAAAUUAAUUAAAAUCCACUAAACCAGCAAUAAUAACAAUAUUAAAUGUACCCUAACAAACCAAACCCAAAUAUAUUUAAUAACUCUCUCAUAAAAAAUUUAAUAUCCCAAUGA